AUGGCCGCCUCCACCCUGUGCGUCUGCUCCAGCGACCUGAGCUCCUCCUGGCAGGUGGACGACUGCCCAGAGAGCUGCUGCGAGCCCCCCUGCUGCGCCCCCAGCUGCUGCGCCCCGGCCCCCUGCCUGACCCUCCUCUGCACCCCAGCCAGCUGUGUGUGCAGCCCCUGCCAGUCAGCCUGCACCAGCUCCUGCACGCCCUCCUGCUGCCAACAGUCUAGCUGCCAGCCCUCCUGCUGCACCUCCUCCCCCUGCCAGCCGUCCUGCUGUGUGCCCGUCUCCUGCACACCUGUCUCCUGCACACCUGUCUCCUGCACACCCGUCUCCUGCACACCUGUCUGCUGCAUACCCGUCUGCUCCACACCUGUCUCCUGUACACCCAUCUGCUGCAAGCCCGUGUGCCGUGUGCCCAUCUGCUCUGGGGCCUCCCCCUAUUCAGACCCCUCAUGUUGCCAGCAGUCUAGCUGCCAGCCCUCUUGCUGCACCUCCUCCCCCUGCCAGCAGGACUGCUGUGUGCCCGUCUCCUGCACACCCGUCUGCUCUGGGGCCGCCCUCUGCCCAGCCCCCUCGUGCUGCCACCCCACCCCCUGCCCCUCGUCCUGCUGCAGACCCUCCUCCUGCGUGUCCCUCAUCUGCCGCCCCGUGUGCAGGCCCGCCUGCUGCGUGCCCGUCUCCUCCUGCUGUGCCCCUGCCUCCUGCCAGCCCAGCUGCUCCCACCUGGCCUCUUGCGAGUCCCUGCUCUGCCGCCCCGUGUGCUCCCGCACAGCCUGCUGCGGCCCUGUCUCGGCCCACAAGUCCUGCUGCUGA